AUGGGAUGCAUUUGCUUCAAGUCGUGGCGGCGACAAUCUCCACCGUCCAUUACAUCAACGGCCAUGGAUGAUCUAGACAAGGACACAGACGAUGACAACGACAGACAUUAUCCGCUGAUUUUCCGGGAGUUCAGCUUCGAGCAGCUGAGAAUCGCCACCGAUGGUUUCUCAGCCGGAAACAUCGUGUCGGAGCACAACGAUUGGGUACCAAACAUCGUCUACAAGGGAAAACUCGGCGAUGGUCGUCGGAUCGCGGUCAAACGGUUUCAGAGACUUUCAUGGCCUGAUCCUUUCGAGUUUAUCAAAGAAGCGCAGGCUGUUGGGAGACUGAGGAGUGAACAAAUGGCGAAUUUGAUCGGUUGUUGUUCUGAUGAAAACGAGAGGUUGCUUGUUGCUGAGUAUAUGCCUAAUGGAACUUUAGCAAAGCAUCUCUUUCACUGGGAAAAAAGACCAAUGAAAUGGGAAAUGAGGUUAAAAGUUGCGCUUCAUGCCGCAAGAGCUUUAGAAUAUUGUGAUGACAAGGGAUUUGACUUGUACCAUGAUCUUAAUCCCUACCGAAUAUUGUUUGAUAAGAUGGGGAACCCUAAGCUUUCUUGCUUUGGACUCAUGAAGAAUAGCCAAGAAGGGAAGAAUCAUAGUACCAAUUUAGCAUUUGCUCCUCCUGAAUAUUUGCGCCUUGGUACUCUGUUACCGGAGAGUGUCACAUUUAGUUUUGGGACCUUGUUGUUGGAUCUUAUGAGCGGCAGACAUAUUCCUCCAAACCAUGCGCUUGAUUUGUUUCAAGGGAAAAACUAUUUGGUGCUAAUGGAUUCAGCUCUGGAUGGUCAGUUCUCUGACGAGGACAGGACAGAGCUAAUUUACAUAGCUUCUCGAUGUUUGAAGACUGAACCUGAAGAGAGGCCAAGUAUGAAGUUUCUUAUGGCAACUCUUUCUAGACUUCAGAAACGAGCCGAGUUAUGGCCUAUCAAUGUCAAAAGACUCAUCCCUUCUCCAUCAAACAAUCUGCCUGAAAAGACUAAACAUGGAACAGAGCCACUUAAGUUGACUCCUUUUGGAGAUGCGUGUUUGAGAGCAGAUAUAUUUACCAUACACGAACUACUGGAGAAACUCGGGUAUGGAGAAGAUGAUGGAGUCUCAAAUGAGUUCUCAUUCCAAAUGUGGGCAGGCGAAAUGCAAGAGAAUAUGGACUACCAGAAGCAUGGAGAUACCGCCUUUCGUGCUAAAGAUUUUGAGACCUCCAUUGAAUUCUACACAGAGUUCCUGAAUGGAGCUCCUAGUGUGUCACCAACGGUAUUAGCAAGAAGGUGUCUUUGUUACUUGAUGAGUGAAAUGUUUAGUGAGGCUCUAAGCGACGCGAUGCAAGCGCAAGUAGCUUCACCGGAAUGGCCAAUCGCUCUUUACUUACAAGCGGCUUGUCUCUUCAAGCUCGAGAUGGAAGCUGAAGCUAAAGAAGCACUUAGACAUGGUUCUGCUCUUGAGGCUUAUUAG